GUUUUUUAACCAAAAAAAUGGUCAUCGCCCCAUAAUAGGAGUAUUUAUAUGCUAGUAGCCUACCUGUAUUUUGUUUUUGGACAAUAAAAACUUAAUGCCUACCUCAGAUCUCUCCAAGCCUUUGACAUAAGCACAAACAGAUUCAUCUAAUUAUCUUUGUUCGUUUCUGCAUUCAAUUCGGGGAAAAUUCCAAUCUUUUCAAAUCCCACUAGUAUUUCUUUUUCUUUCUAUUUUGCUUCCUCUGUCAGUCUUAUUAUGCAAAAAAACACUCCAUUUUUUGGUGACUGCAAUUCUGUGAAUGCAAAUUGCAGUCUCAUUUGAUGAAUUUGGACUGGAAACUCUGUCUACUUUUCAAUUGGAUCAUUUAUUUGUCAAGCUUGAGUUUGAGCCCAUUGGUUAGUUGAUUAAAGGCAGUUUUUUACAUUGUAAGAACUUCAUCUGCUGCCAAAAUUGAGCUGUCCCUUUCUCUCUCAUUUCCUUUUUUCUUGCAACCUUUGGGUGUCAAGAACUUUAAUUGGAUAAUUUUAUGGUCUGUUUUUGGGGUUUGCAUCUUCAAAUUUGUGGUAUUCCUUCAAAUUCUCGAAAGGAAAGGAGGAAAGGAAUCAAAAAUCAGUUGAGGGUUUGAGGGUUUCAGAAUUGUGGGGUUUUUUUGAAAAAGUGGGGACCAUCAAAUCAGUUGAUAUGGUGGGUUUUCUGGUUGAGGUAUGCUGAGUUAGAGGGAGUUUGGUUUAGUUUUGAUAUUGGUUGUUGCUGAAGCAAAUCCGUGUGUGGUGAUGGGAAAUUGGGGGUUUUCUUGCAUUCCUAUUGUAUUACUGUUGCUGCUGGAAUUCUGCAGUGGGAGUGUGCAACGGAUAGGGAAAAUAGAUCCAGGAUUCAAAGGGGCUCAAAUGGACUACAUAGACAACGAUGGAAUGUUUCUGUUGUCGAACAACUCGAAUUUCGCCUUUGGUUUAACCACCACUGCUGCUGAUGUUACUCAAUUUCUUCUUGUUGUGAUGCACAAAAGCUCAACUAUAGUUUGGGCUGGCAACAGGGAUUCCCCGGUUAAGAAUUCAGACAGCUUCGAGUUCGAUGUCUCAGGCAAUGCCUUCUUGCAGAGUGGUGGAUCCACAAUCUGGUCUUCUGAUACUGCAAACAAAGGAGUUUCUUCAUUGCAGUUGUUGGAUAAUGGGAAUCUUGUUUUGGUUGGGAGUGAUAACACUAGCUUUGUUUGGCAGAGUUUUAGCCAUCCCACUAACACCCUUCUCCCAAGUCAAGAAUUCUCUCAAGGAAUGAGGCUUGUUAGUGACCGUGGCACGGCCAACUUGACUUACUCGCUUGAGAUCAAGGCCGGGGACAUGUCUCUCUCCGCGGGUUUCAACCCCCCACAGCUGUAUUGGACUAUGAGAACAGAUACCCGGAUAACCAUCAAUAAAGGGGGCGGUGCAGUGGCCUCAGCUAUUCUAAGUGGCAAUUCUUGGAAAUUCUAUGAUUCGAGUAAGGUGUUGCUUUGGCAGUUCAUCUUCUCGGAGAGCACCAGUGCAAAUGCAACGUGGAUCGCGGUGAUAGGCAGUGAUGGCUCUAUCACAUUCUCCAUGCUUCAAGGUGGCUCGACUAAUCCAUCUCCGACAGGAAUACCUCAAGAUCAAUGUAGUAGGCCUACAGCCUGUGAUCCCUACGCAGUCUGUUAUCCCGGUAAUUCAUGCCAGUGUCCCUCAUCUAUUGCCUCACCGUGCAAAUCUAUGGCCGCUCCUCCCUGUGAUGGUCAGGUAGAACUUGUCAGUGGCGGUGAUGAUCUGAGCUACUUCGCGUUGCCAUUUGUUCAGCCAUUCAGUAAGGAAACCACCUUAGACAGCUGCAAAGCUUCGUGUCUUAGCAAUUGCUCAUGUGGUGCUAUGUUUUUCCAGAAUAGUUCGGGGAAUUGUUUCCAGUUUAAUGUGAUAGGAAGCAUGGAAGGAUCUAGUAACGGAGGUGGCUACACUUCGUAUCUCAAAAUCUUGAGCAAUGGAAGGAGGGACGGAGGCGGAGACAGUAGUAAGCCUUCUUCCCCUAUAGUGAUAGUCAUUGUGAUUGUGACUGUGGUUGUGAUAUUAGCAAUGGUUUUUGCUGCAUUCCAUUUCUACCGGAAAAACAAGAAAGCGCCUGACACGCAUAGGGAGAGCUCGGAGGAGGAGGACAACUUCUUGGAAGGCCUAUCCGGGAUGCCAAUCCGGUUUAGCUACAAAGACCUCCAGACAGCCACAAGGGACUUCUCUGUCAAGCUCGGACAAGGAGGGUUCGGAUCAGUCUACGACGGUACUCUCCCUGAUGGGACCCGCCUCGCUGUCAAGCAACUCGAAGGCAUUGGCCAAGGCAAGAAGGAGUUUCGUGCUGAAGUGAGCAUCAUAGGCAGCAUCCAUCACGUCCACCUAGUCCGCCUCAGGGGCUUCUGCGCUGAUGGGAGCCACCGCCUCCUAGCCUACGAGUACAUGGCCAAUGGAUCCUUAGACAAAUGGCUGUUCAAGCAGGACAAAGGCGAGUUCUUGCUUGAUUGGAACACGCGAUACAACAUUGCUGUCGGAACAGCCAAAGGUCUCGCUUAUCUCCACGAGGACUGUGAUGUCAAGAUCAUCCAUUGCGACAUCAAGCCUGAGAAUGUGCUUCUUGAUGACCACUUCAUGGCUAAGGUCUCCGAUUUUGGGCUGGCGAAGCUCAUGACACGCGAGCAGAGCCACGUGUUCACAACGAUGAGGGGCACCAGAGGCUAUCUUGCACCAGAGUGGAUCACUAGCUACGCUAUAUCAGAGAAGAGCGACGUGUAUAGCUAUGGCAUGGUGUUGCUCGAGCUCAUUGGUGGCAGGAAAAACUAUGACCCUUCGCAGAGCUCUGAGAAGUCGCACUUCCCUUCGUACGCGUUCAAGAUGAUGGAGGAAGGUAAGUUGAAGGAGAUCAUGGAUGAGAAGCUGAAGAUCAAUGAGGAAGAUGAGAGGGUUGAUAUAGCCAUCAAAGUUGCUUUGUGGUGCAUACAAGAUGAUAUGCAUCUUCGGCCGCCUAUGACUAAAGUCGUGCAGAUGCUUGAAGGGCUGUGCCCGGUCCCUCCGCCUCCAACGGCUUCCCAGCUAGGGUCGAGGCUUUACUCGAGCUUCUUUAAGUCCAUCAGUGAAGGGGGCACCUCCUCAGGCCCCUCGGACUGCAACAGCGACGCCUAUCUCUCCGCGGUUCGCCUCUCAGGCCCUAGAUGACAUAAGGGUUGAAGCUUGUGUUGUGUAAAUGGUAGCACUUCAAGUUUUGUAACGCUAAAGAUAUCUUAAAUCUCAAAUAUGUCAUGUUUUGUAUUCUUGAUUUGUAAAUUAGUGAUUUUGAUCCAUAGAAAAGCUUUGUUUAUUUUGUUCA